UUAUGGGUAUAUAUACCGCUUUUCAUUCUUUCCGAACCUGAUACAUAAUUUUUGUGAGACUUCUUAUAUAUAGGCUUAUUACUUGAUUGGAAGGUGAGAAAAACAAAGGAAAGUAAUAAUGGGAGAUAAUAGCUCAUUGAAGCUACAUGGAAUGUGGGCAAGCCCUUUUGCAAUGAGGGUGAACCUAGCCCUUAAAAUUAAGGGUAUAGAGUACGAGUACAUAGAAGAAGAUUUAGGCAACAAAAGUGAGUUGUUGCUACAUAAUAAUCCAGUGCAUAAGAAAGUGCCUGUUCUUGUGCACAAUGGCCUUCCAAUUGCAGAGUCUUUGGUGAUCCUUGAAUAUAUCGACGAGACGUGGACCGAUGCUCCGCAUCUUCUGUCGCAGGAUCCUUACCAAAGGGCUAAACAUCGCUUUUGGGCUGCCUUUUUCGGGCCGGUAUUUGACAUGAUGAGAAACACACUAACAACGGAAGGGGAGGCACAGAAAAAAGCAAUAAGUGAAGUACUCGAGAAAUUGGAUGUAGCAGAGCAAGGACUAAAAGAGAUCUUCCCAAAUGGAGUUCCAUCUUAUGGGCAAGAUGUAAAGCCAGGCUACUUAGAUAUUGUUUUCUAUUCGCUUUUCGGAACCCAAGAAGCUGUGGAGCAAAUGUUCGGCGUUAAGUUUGUGACAGCUGAAAGAUAUCCAUUGUUGGUUUCAUGGAUAAAAGCAUUGAAACAAGUUCCUGAAGUAAAUGAGGUGACUCCCCCUACGCCUAAAAUGGUGGGUUUUCUUCAGUUUAUCCAACAAAAGUAUGCACCUCAAAAGGUCUAGAUACUUCAUUGUUGUAUGAUUGUAUAAUCUCCUUAUGUAAUUUAUUGUUUGUGAUUGCAUUGCAAUAUUAGUUGCUAUAAUUGAGGACUUGUUUUUGUGUAUCAACCCAUGGAUUGUACUAGUACUAUUUAUGGAGUAUUAUUUUCCUCAUUUGAAAAUAAUAAGUCAUGUGUGAACCUAUAUAUGUAGCUUUAUAAAAUUGACUAUUAUUGGGUUGACUAGUUA